UGGCGUUCCCAAGAGGCGUGGCGCAUCCAGCGGCGCGGAGAUAUGAACAUGCGUUUUAUUGUUUAUUCUCUUAGUCUUCUGAGUCUGUUCGGUUCCGAGGCUCAGAGCCUGAAUACGACGCCUCGCUCCUUGACGACGACAGACGACAGUGAGCAGUGCUCGACGUGUGAGUUCAGGGAGCAGAGCAAAUUAAUGCGCCUCCACUCGAUAAAGUCUCGCAUCCUGAGCAUUCUGCGUCUGGAGCAGGCCCCGAACAUCAGCAGGGACACGGUGAAACAGCUCCUGCCCCAAGCACCACCACUGCUGGAGCUUCUGAAUCAGUACGACCAGAAGGGGAGCGUCCCCGAAGAUGAGGAGCAAGCCGCUACCGAAACGAUCAUUACCAUGGCCACGGAACCACAAAGCAUGGCUCCCGUUGACAGGAUGCACCGAUGCUGCUUAUUCUCGCUGAGUCCGAAGAUUCUACCAAACAACAUUCUGAAGGCGCAGCUAUGGAUACACCUGCGUCUCGGAGUCGAGACGACCAACGUUUCCAUGCAGAUUUCCCGCCUGAGACCGCCCUCUAACGGCAACCCUCGAUCCAGAAUCCGCUCUCUGAACAUCGGCGUGAAUGGCCAGACCAACCCUUGGCAGAGCAUCGACAUGAAGCAGUCCCUGCAGUCUUGGCUUGAGGAACCCGAGAGCAACUUUGGGAUAGAAAUAAAGGCCUUCGACACCGAAGGGAAAGACCUGGCCGUUACAUCUGCCGCAUCGUGGGAGAAAGGGCUCCAACCUUUCCUGGAAGUCAAAAUCACGGAGAAUCCAAAGCGAUCCAAGCGAGAUUCGGGCCUCGACUGUGACGAACACUCCACCGAGUCCCGCUGUUGCCGGUAUCCACUCACUGUGGAUUUCGAGGACUUCGGCUGGGACUGGAUCAUCGCGCCCAAGCGCUACAAGGCCAAUUACUGCUCGGGAGAGUGCGAGCACGUGCACCUGCAGAAGUACCCGCACACUCACCUCGUCAACAAAGCCAACCCGCGCGGCACCGCGGGACCCUGCUGCACGCCGACAAAGAUGUCGCCGAUUAACAUGCUUUACUUCAACCACAGAGAGCAGAUAAUCUACGGUAAAAUCCCGUCCAUGGUCGUGGACCUCUGCGGCUGCUCGUGAGUCCCCCCACCCCCACCUCCGCCUUCCCACAGCCCGCGCGGCACCGGUCACUCGGGACCGGUCACUCGGGACUACAGAGGAAUUUUUGCUGUCUCUCAACUUCUCCUCUAAAGCGCAAUGUAAAACAACUCCAGCACGCUAUACAGAUCCUAAAGCUCACAGUUAAACAAUUAAGGCUAGAAGAAGCCAAGGCACCUUUUUACGUUGGGCACUGCCCAAGUGACUCUACAACCCUUCAUAAAAGUACAACUACAGUAAUUACUAACUUCCAUAAUCCAGAGAAUCCAAACAUUUCUGUUACCAUAAUCCAGACAGAACACUUCUGUUACCAUACUGUGAUCACUGAUUGCUCCUGUUUGACCCAAGAGAAGCUUCUCAGAACAGAGCAUUGCUAGCACAAUACAGGGCUUGUAUUGUAAAAGGUUUUAACUUUAAUAUACUUAAAAAAAUUUUUUUUUUGCCCUGAACGGCUUGAUAAACUGAAGUCCAGAAAAUAUCUUACCUGAAACACUCAUAAAAAACAGAUCUAAAAUGUUUUUGAUUAUUUUGGUAUUUUCGGCCAUAUUUACAGGCUCUCCUACAAAUGCAACUUUUAUCUUUUUAUACGACAUUACAUUUUGGCAAUUUGAACGCUAGAACAGCGCAAUCUGUGUCUAACAAUAGUCGGAGGCCGUUUUUAAGUGGAACUAUUCCAGGAUGUGGCUAAAGAUCAUCACAAGGUCUGGCGUAUUUCCCAAAACCACCGAACCCGGUCGCGCAGUCGCCCAGUCGUGAUGUAACCACAAUCGAUUGUUUCAUGACCCAAAAGGACCUUGUCCUUUGGUAACCCGAACCAAAACGGCCCUGACGACCCUGCGUUUGGCAUGUGGAGUGGAUCACGGCUCUUCAAAGAAAUAAACAAGCAUGAGGCUUCUUUGGCUCGCUGGGAGGUUCCUGCCGGGAUGUGAAAACAGUGGAGCUUUGCCCUCGCCUUGAGGACAACGCGUGCAACCGCAGAUGGUCCCAUUCCUCUCUCUGUUAAAGGAACACUUCACUGUUAACACACCUAACACUGAAUGAAGAGUGUCAGUUGUUAGUCACCUAACAAGAUUUCAAGGGGACAAUGCUAACAUUUUCACAUAGGCCUAUUUCACUUUUUAUUAGUGACUUUGUAGUUAUUUGGGUGAGGUGUUCCACAAAUCGUUGUAUUGCUUUCUUCAAUUUUAUGGCACAAAAUGGUUCAAGACUCGAGGUAGUAUUAUUCUCUGGUUAUGGGUAACAUUGAAUGUUCUUACUGACAACUAAGCAAAGGGAAAUUUCCAUUUCCAGUACUUCCAGAGAGCAAUUCACACACACACACACACACACACACACCAGAUGUUUGGCAAUCCUCUGAUAUCAAAUCCGUCACAGUUACAAGCUCUACAUGAGCAAUCAGUCAUCUUGGACUCUUGACAAAUUGUCCUGUCUCUUGCUGAUAACUCAAAUUCCACUGCUAAUUUCAGUAUCUAAAUAAUAGUAUUUAUCAGAUGAACUAUGCAAAUAUGUACUUAUUCACAUGAACACUCUUCAUUAAAGGGCAUUAAAGGCUCCGUCAGUCUCUUUUGUAGGAAGGAGAGCAAGGUCAGAUCCUAAAUAAGUAAUCAAUCAAUCAAUCAAUCAAUCAAUCAAUCAAUCAAUCAAUCAAUCAAUCAAUCAAUCACCAAUCAACCCAUGAAACAUUCUGCUUGGGACUUUCAUUUCAGAUCGUUCUGCUUCACUGAGAAAGGCACAUUUGUAGAACACUCAGAAGGGUUACUGAACUGGAUCAGGGACGAUGGUCAUCAUUACUGAAGGAAAUGGAACUGCAUUUUCUUGUGUAUCUCUGUCUUUUGCUCGGUAUCUGAAUAUUCUAGCACUUACCGUUAAAACUGACAUGGGAUUCAAAUCUUUUUUGACAUUUAACAAACGUCAAAAGAACUAGGUUAUAUGAGGGUUGGAACUGUGAAACUGAAUUAUUUUAAACAUUCAGAUAUGUGUUACACAAGCCUGGACAAAUUAUGAAUCUUUGAGCCUGUGAAGAAUACUUGAGACAGAAUUGUUCAACUGCUAUGGCUUGAAGAUGUUCCUAUGCAAUA